UAACCAUCCAUAUUCUUGAUAAUUCUCCCUCAUGGAAAACCCAACUCUCAUAUCAUUGCUACAACACACCACUCGAACCGGAAAGCGGUCCAAAAGCAGCGGCAGCGGCAGCGGCAGCGGAGGAAUCUUCCGCAUGUUGAAGCUUCUCCCCAUGUUAACCUCCGGUUGCAAAAUGGUUGCAUUGUUAGGACGGCCACGAAGACCGCUACUAACCGAUCACGCCACCACCGGAACCUUAUUCGGGUACCGAAGAGGGAAAGUGAGUCUAGCCAUCCAAGAGGAUCCGCACCGCCUCCCUGUCUUUGUGAUCGAGCUCCCGAUGAACUCAAGUGCCUUCCAGAGAGAGAUGGCGUCAGAUACCGUGCGUCUGUCACUCGAAAGCGAGACGACGAGUCGAAAGAAGAAGGUGUUGGAGGAGUUUGUGUGGGCGGUCUAUUGUAAUGGGAGGAAAUACGGAUACUCGAUUAGGAGGAAAGAGAUGACGGAUGAUGAGGUUUAUGUGAUGCAAUCGUUGAGGGGUGUGUCGAUGGGUGCCGGAGUUCUGCCGGGGUUGUCGGCGAUGGACGGAGAGUUGACAUAUAUGAGGGCAAGGUUUGGAAGAGUGGCUGGAAGUAAGGAUUCUGAAGCUUUUCAUAUGAUCAAUCUUGAAGGUGCUGAAAAUGGCCAGGAAUUGAGCAUUUUCUUUCUAAGACUACAUUGAAAACAGUAACAAAUUUAUAACUAUAUAUAUAGUUUUCAUAAAUACCAUCGUUUAACUUUUACUAUAAGUAUGUGAA